AUGUCCAGAGCUAGUAAGAUCACUUUAGCAACUACCAUAGUAGCCACCACUGUCACUGUUAUAUGGGUGCAUAAAGUCCAAGAAGAAGAAAGAAAUGCUCUACAUCAAGGUCCUAUAAAAGAUGCCCAAAGAGUGCAGGAGAAAGCAUUAAAGAAGAAACUAUUGGCAAAUCAAAAAGAACAUGAACUACAACAAGAACUACGGAAGAAAUAUGAACAAUUACAGCCAUUGAGUGGUGUAACUCAUACAGCAGAGGAACCGAUUAAAAAGGAUUGA